UUGAUGCCCAAGACCUUCAUUCAGCCAUUGAAGUAGAGACGCAGGAGCUCACAGGCUGCCCGACGCUUCUUCUCACCUCUCCAGGAUCAGAAGACAAAGCCGUUCCGAUAAAUACUGGCAGAUCGUUUUUAAAAUUGAUCAGCAGAGGCAGACGCGCACACUCCGCAAUUGAUUCUUUCACCCGGGGUAGCCUUAUGGUCGUUCGUGCACUGCUUUCAUCUCCGGAUUCGCGGAAAGUAAAUAGAUAAUGCUGUAAUGUUUAUGUUGUGUAAGUGCGCUUAAUGCUGUUGAAUUUUUAAACAAAGGCAAGAAUAAAGUCGAACGAUGCCAAAUAUGCUUUUGCGUGUCAAAAUCGCCGUGUCCCAUAUUGCAUGGCUUCUGCAAGAAUACUCGAAAAGGAUUGAUUUUUUCGGACUGUGAAUGAAGUGCGGCAUCGCAGUCGAUCAUUGCGAACGCGAUUUACUUGUUUAACUUCGUCACGUGCGGUCACACGGAAAGCGGCAUGCUUGAGCGUUUUCGCAAGGCAUCGUCUUCUGCUGCUCUGCAAGGAAAAUAAACAAGCGCACACGAGUUGACACGCAUCUCGGACGGCGCGUGCUCACCCACACGCACACCAAACAGGCGCGCGCGAUCGAGAACUUGGACCCGCUCACGCGCUUCAGGAGAAGUCCCCUGCGCGGCUCCGACUUAACACGUUCGCUUUGCUUUCAAACAAUCGGAGCCGAACCGCUGCGCCGUCUCACAGCAUGAAGACGACGGCGAUUUGCACGUGUGGCCUAGCCGACAUCUAGAACAGUAUGUGCUUUGCUUCUUCUCAUAGCACAAGUACAAGAAUCUGAGGGGUUGGCGAAGUGCCCCCCCCUGUCAAGGUCAGCACAACACCACGGCGAGCCUAGGCACCCUGCUGUCGACCUGCUUUUCUUGCCAGCGUCUCUGUGGGGUCUGCGCAGCGCCCCAGAACCCUGGCAAUAACGCAGGCGCCCCACAUAUUGGGCUACUCCAACUGCACCCCCCAGUGCUCGGCAGCGUCCCUGCCCACCGUGCGAUCGGAAGGGGCAAUGCCAACAGCGUCGCGGCAAUGGCACCCCGCGGAGGCACGGCACAGGCAGAACAACAUGCCAGGACCUUUCGCUCUUACCUGCCAAUGGGGGUCCGGACGUACAGCUGCAUCCACUGCAGAGCCCAUCUUGCUGACCACCACCAACUCAUUUCUAAGUCCUUCCAAGGGAGCCAAGGAAGAGCUUACCUUUUCAAUUCCGUAGUGAAUGUGGGCUGUGGACCGGCUGAAGAGAGGGUCCUGUUGACAGGCCUGCAUGCUGUGGCUGACAUUUAUUGUGAAAGCUGCAAAACAACGCUGGGUUGGAAAUAUGAGCACGCGUUUGAGACAAGCCAGAAGUACAAGGAGGGGAAGUAUAUAAUUGAAGUAGCGCACAUGGUGAAAGAGAACUGCUGGGAGUAACCCUGGGAAAAGUGCAACAGUGGCCAUAAGCAAAUCCAUCGCUCUCUACUUUUCAUCACUUCCAACUGUUGUCCGCUGAAUCUCAUUGUCAGAGUAGGCUGCAGAGGAUGAACUGAGCUCAUGGACUUGUGUUGCGUGGAGGACAGCUGCCUCUUUGUUAAGAAUUCUCAUAUUUUUACAAAUGAUGCUGUUAUCUCAGCAUUUCAUAUUAAUCUCAGGCAAAUGUGAUGCACAGUGCGCUGCAUGGAUGAUGAGAUUCUACUGGGACCAUGUAAUAAUCAGCAUCUUAAUAUCGUUAGAGACGUACAAACAAUCUGACAUAGAUGCAUCGAUACAUGGGUACAAGUACACAAAAGGAAGAAGAAAAGUUUGUAUGUGGACUCUCCAAGUGUCGUUCACUUAACUCAAAAGAUGUCGAGUUUCACAUCAGGAUGGACUCCAACACGUUUGGGGCGCACCUUGACUGAUCAAAGGAGCAAAUUAAAGCCCUCACAGAACCAACGGUGACAUAUGUCGUGGUGGACCUAACGGUUAUCUGCUCUGAUCUGGGAGACGUUGCCAAAAGUUGAACUGGGUAGCGAAAAGUGAAAAUGAACCUCUCUAGUCCAUUAAGUUGUUAUCUUAGAACUUUUUUGUUCAAUGAGACGCUGGGUUCUAGCAUCUCUGGUUAAUAGCCCAUUUGAGUAGAUGUACACUUCCGGUCAACUGUUUUAGAACACCACAGUUUUUAAGGAAAUGCAUGCAGUUUGAUGUCUUAGUGUUUCAUGAAAUCAAGGUAUAGAACAAAUAAACAAAAAAAAUAAGUCAAGGAGUCAUUAAGAGUACAAAAUAUUAUUCAGUUUUGAUACAUCAAAGUAGCCUGCACCCUUCUGCUGAUAUAACUGCCAAACUGUGGUAAGCCUUUUGAUUCAGAGUGCUAGUCACUCUGUGCAGGUCACCAGCAAAAGAACCCCCCGACCAUCACACUUCCUCCUCCAAGUUUGACAGUUGGUGUCACACACUGAGGAACCAUCCUGUCACCGACUCGAUGACAUAACAAACACCCUGUGUGUGAUGAACCAAAAAUUUCAAAUUUGGUUUCAUUGGUCCAUAAGACUUUCUUCCAGUCUGCAGCUGGUAUUUCUAGACCCUAUUCUGUUCUUGUAGGAAUGGCUUUCUUCCUGCCACUCGCCCUGACGACCUCUUCACAGUAGACACGGAUUUUGCUGUUUUUUCCCCCACCACUGUUGUGCUGUGAGCCACCAAUCACACAAGCUGGAGACCCUCAGAAACUUCUCUUCUGACUGGGGGGUGUCUUUGGGUCUGCCAGAUCUCCUUAUCAGAGUUUCUUCAAAUUUCCAAUUGGCUUUGCAUUGUGUAGGACGCCACUGGACUCACCGACAUUUUUUGCAAUUUCUCAAAAUGAAAGGCCUACACUUCUAAGGUUAAUAACGCUCAGUUCCAAAUCUGUUUUAAGACAGACGGAGAGUUUUUAAGUAAUCGCCUAAAGUUGGGACACCUGUGCAAAUUGUUUCCUUUAACUUGCAAGGCUUCAUUUACUCAAAUUGCUGCAGAGCAUCUGUAGAUUGUAAACUAUUGGUUGUUCCCUGAAGAACGCUCAUUUGUAAUAUUCUAAAAAUUUCCUUUUAUUUCAGUUUUCGCCAUUUAUUUUUAAACCUCCGGCAGUUUACUGCUUACCUUUUGCCCAUUUUAGGUCAUUCAUUGCAUUUCAACUGAUUGAUUUUGAGGAAAGACUGGAGAAACUGAGGUGUUGUAAAACUUUUGACCGGUCGAGUACAUCAGAAGGAAAUGUUUUGUGUGUUUUAAGAGUUGGACUAGUCACUGUAACACUGUGCUAAAGACUAAAAUGGACAGCUGACUCUGUUUGCCGAGACACUGCUUUUUUUUUUUUUUAACCCCACUGGUUGGUGAGACACUGUGAAUCAAAAGCUCUCGAUCAGGGCAGGAUUUCCAGAGACACUGUGAAAGUGCCAUAUAAUUGAGUGAAAAACUGACAAGAGCCUGUUUGGUCCGUGGGUUGCUGUGUUGCUGACCUCUCCAUGACGGUCAGUGAAGCGAUGUGUGUCACAAGCCUCCUGCUCAACGGCAAGGACUCUACUGCAGCCUUUAUAGUUUGCAUUGCUUUCUAUUCAAGAUUUGUGCAAGUAGGUCAUCGUGUUAGAACCACUCUGGUCAGUAAUAUGCUGUAUUACCUGCCUCUUGAAACAGUGAUAUGCUUGCUGCAUUAGUGCCAAUCUGGUCAUUGACACUUGUGUUCAUUUAAUCUCCGUUGAGUGUUACACUGUGCUAUUUGACCUAUUCACUGAUGUGCUGUGGUGAACCUUUUGGGAGUCCGUAGUAAACUUUAACUCAGAAAUGAUUAUUGAAAGAUAUAUUUUUAUUUUGUUGUAAGAAAGUUUACAUCUAAUCUAUAGUCAAUCAAGGACAUGCUGCUUUGUUCAUCUGUAACUAAUUUUUCAUCUAAAAAGUUCUCUCUAUUUUAGACGUGUCAUUUUGCUUCCCACAGCAAACCUAAGUGGAUUUAACACAACAUCGUGAUACACGUGUCAAGAAACAAGCAUGCGUCUCUUGAUUCUCUUUUGUAAUUAUAUUUCACCAUAAUAAAAGACAGGUGAAG